UAUAGAGAGAGAAAACGGCGAUUUAGGCAACAUAAUACACCUGUUCUAUAUUCUAUGUGAAAGGGACACGUGCGUGUUUGUUUGUGGCUGUUUUGCAGUUGUCUUAUGACGGGUCUGGGUCUUACCACUUCUGUGUAACAAGGACAAACACCAGUUUUACAGCAGACCUAGGUUCUACAUCCCUGAAGAUGGUCAAUUCCAUCCAGAUCAAACGCUUCAACGCAACACUUGUCGUGAUUUUCUUGGGUGUGGUCUAUCUCAUCAGCAAACUCUGGUUGUUUGAAGAAAAGCACCACAACGAACUAGAAUCCAGCAGAGAGGCGAAAGCGUUUCAAAGGGUAGCGUCAAAAUUAGAAGCAGACGCAAGGGACCAGUUUAAAGCUAUCGUCAAUAAGGUCUUUUUCGAAUCCCGCUACGGCGACGGGAGCGACCUCUAUGAUUUAUACAAAAUUGGAGGUUUGCACACGCAGAUGAGAGGGAUGGAAAUGAUCGAAAAUGGCAAUAUACGGAUUUUUCGGGAUCUUUCCGAUGCUCUGAAAGAUGUGGAAAAUGUGACCCUUUCAAAAAUUCCAAACCCUGACGGGAAGUACAACAUGACGAUUUUAACUUUCGCCAAAGCCGACUUAGGUACUUUGAUAUUUCUGUAUGCUUCUUUAUACGGAAUAGCCAAAGCUAACAACCAUGUGCCUCUGAUAUACAUUGGGAAUCCCAUUCGGACGGAUUUUAAGAGAUUAAAGACAAAUGUAACAAGCGUCUGGCAGCCAGGAUUUAAGUACAAAAAAGUAACAGAGGCACCCGAUUGCUGUCGCUAUUAUGAAGGCAUGACAGAUUUACAGAACGCUCAUCUGGAACUAGUGGGGCAUUUUAAAUCGUGGCGAUAUUUUGAGCACGUGGAGAGCGACAUUAGAGAGCAGUUACUUAACGGGAACAUAGACCGCACCAUAGCCGAGCGUUUCAUUAAGAAAAACCGCCUGAAGCACAGCGUUCCCAAAGAAGCACCAACGAUUGGGAUUCACGUUAAGCGCACCCUCCGUCCAGAAAUAAGCGUGAAAUACGGCGACCGGCUGGCGCCAAAGGACUACAUCUUACGCGCCAUUUCUUACUUUCAGCGCAAGUUCCCUUCAUCUUUAUUCAUAGUCACCUCAGACGACAUGUCUUGGUGUCGUAAAAAUUUAAUACUCAAAAACGUAGUUUUCUUAGACAAAGUGAGGAAAGCAGAGAGUAUGGACCUGGCACUGCUGGUGUACUGUAAUCAUACCAUCCUGACUACAGGGCCCCUGGGGUGGUGGGGGGCCUGGAUGAACAGAGGACAGGCAGUUUACUAUAAAGACUGGCCGUUGCAUGGGUCUGUCCUACACAAACAGGUGGAGGUUGGGGAUUAUUAUUUACCGCAUUGGAUCGGGAUGUGAAUAAAG